UCCCAUUGAUACUGUCUGCGCAAUUACGCACAUGCGCAGUGGGGUGUUUUAGCCAUCUGAUGGAAACCAACUAGCAGGAAUAAUAAAUAGCUAAGUGUUUUUCUCUCCUAUAUGAUCAGACCUAACUGUACCUCUCCCCCUCCGUCCCAAUGUUUACAGUAGAUAUAGCUUUAAGAAGAUUUUAGGAACACAGACUGUUAUGCUGCUCUCUCUGGUCCAAAGGUAAUAUGUGGAUGUUCAGUAGACCCUCUAUGUGACUGGAUUACUACUGCUCCAAGGAGUCCACAGACGACACCGCCGCACAGAUGUGAGUCUGCGUUUUUUCUAACUGUCGGCGAAAUCCCUGACAGCCCAUGUAGCCCAGGUAAUGAUAGCUGCAUGGGUUCGUUGUUGAAGGCUACUGGUGCCUGUUAUAUCGACAUUCGUAUUACUUUAUUAUAGGCUAACCUAGACAUAAUUAUUCUACAGACCAGCGGAUUGUUUAUCUUAUCGCAAAUGUGUUCGUUUCGUCAGUGCGAGUUUUGAGUGUCACCUUUGUUUGGCUGUGGUUGUUGACUGGAAAGAAGAGCGUUGUGCCUUUGUAAACGGGUGCGGGCUGUUUGUACUUGUUCUCUCUUGAGUAGGCUAAACGAAGACAGAAGUAGGCUACAGGAAUAUUUUAACAUCGCCAUAGUCACCAUUCCAGUUAAAUAAUAUAUGUCAGCCGGUGUAUGUUGGUUACCAGCAGCAGUUGCAGGCUACUGUUAGAGAGAUACAGUAGUUCCACGGUUUUUAGUGUUUUUUGGGGGGCAUUUUUUGGACAUAGCCCCAGGUUAUUGAUCUGUGUGUAAAUGAAAACCUUUAGGGCCAGGGGAGCAGCUAUAAAUUAGUCGAGUUUUGCCAAUGCCUACAAGUCUGUUGGUUAUUGUGUUGCAGUAACAAAGUUAUUGGUAGUGUAUAUGCAUUUCUUAAUUUAUUCACAGUAUUUUUGUGUGGCUUUUGUAAGCACCAUUAUGAACAGCGGUGAGGGAGGGAGAGGAAGGGAUGGAGGAAGAGAGGGAGGACAGGAGAGAGAACCUGAAAAGAGCCCCAAGCUGUUAUCCCAUCCUCUCCUGACCCUGGAAGUGAUUUCCUGUGAGGGGUUGUCCUCUCGAACCUUAGCCCUGUCCCCUGCCAAAGAGCCCCCCACCCUGAUCCAGACAGAGACAGAGCAGGGCGGUGCAGAGGGGACCGCAGGCAGAGAGGAGACCCCAGGAGGGGAGGGAGGGGAGAGGGUUGGACAUUCACAUGGAGGCAGACUGGAGGAAGAGGAAGAGAAGCUAAAGGAGAAGAAGGAGAAAGAAAGAGUGUUACUGGUGGAUGACAGAGAGGAAACGGUGGGGAGAGAGAACCUUGCACCAGCCUUUAGUAGCAAAGACAGAGGAGGAAAGGAGGAGAAACAGAGGGAAGAGGAGAAGAGGGAAGAGGCCAUCUCAAACCAAAGCCAAACCAAAUCCAAAUGUUGUCUAUUACCUCGACGGAGCCAGCACAGCUCUGCCUCCUGCAUUGUUAUGGCCAGUGGUACACUGAACAAUAACACCCUCAUCACUCCUUCCUCUUCUCCAAAAUGCUCUACCUUUUUUCCCUCGUCUCCUUCCUCUCAGAGCGAGACAGAGAUGAGUGAUACAGGAGGAGUGCAGGGCAGUAGUCCUAGUUUUCCUCUGAGCUUUAUAAAACCCCAGAAGUCAGCCCUGCCUGAGUCCACCAGCACACCUGUUACGGAUGAUAGGAGGGCAGACACAACUCACACUUCCCUUAUUGCCAAUGGAGACACCGCCAAAGUUCCAAAACCAAACAACAACCCGAAAGAGACAGAUGGAAAAAGAGAGGGAGAUGGAGCGAUAGAUGGAAAAAGAGAGGGAGAUGGAGCGAUAGAUGAGAACUUAAAGACCGUUUCUAAAUACCUCUACCCCUCUCUGUCCUCUCCUGGCUCACUGGACAGUCACAUGGCCUUGAUGCACUCCUGGAACUCCUGCAAGAUGCUCAAAUGCCCCAAGUGUAACUGGCACUACAAGUCCCAGCAGACACUGCAUGCCCACCUCAGAGAAAAACACCCUGCGUCUGGGGGCUUGUGUGUGUGUGGGGGCUCGGGGGAGAAGUGUGUGUGUGGAGGGUCAAGGGGUGUGUGUGUGUACUGUAGCACGGGGAAGGCCCACCCUCGUCUGUCCCGGGGAGAGAGUUAUGUCUGUGAGUACAAGCCCUACCGCUGUGGUGUGUGUGGUUACACGACCUCCUCUAAAGGAAACCUCAGCAUACACAUGCAGUCAGACAAACACCUCAGCAACGUACAGGUAGCAGGACACACACACCCUGCGCACGGCACACACACACACUCCGCACACAAUGGGGGCUACGGACGCACACACCCCACAGUCACACAGCCCCCUGCACACACAACACCCUACCCCAGCCAUCCCUCCUCCCAGGGUAAGAGGUGGCGGUGUGAGGUGUGUGAUUAUGAGACCAGCAUUGCUCGGAAUCUGCGCAUACACACCACCAGCGAGAAACACAUGCAUAACGUGCUGCGCUUGAAACAAACACACAACGUGUUACAGAGAAGCUACUACCUGGCCCACUGCACGAGUCUGCCUCCUCAACUCACACUGCUACACAGCAUAGGUGGGGAACAGUCUUUGGAUAUGCAUCAACUAUCAGCAGAGGAGCCAGUCGCCCCGGAUUCAACCCUGACCCCCUCCCCCUCUCCUCCUCCCUCCUCCUCACCAUCCCCUUCUCCCUCCCCCUCUCCCCCUCCUCCACUGUCUCUCCCCCCCUCUUAUCCUCUUUCCUGUGGUGUGUUCCAGUGCCUGGUGUGUUCCAGUUUCUCCUCUGACAGUCUGGAGUCUCUUAGGUCUCACCUGAGCGCCCCCUGCUCCCUGCCCCAGUCUGAGUGGCGCUCUCUGGUGGCUGGAGGCUGCUACUGCAGGCUGUGUGGCUACAGCACCCCCCUCAGGGCUAACUUCACCCUGCACUGCCAGACAGACAGACACAGGGCCCAGUACCAGCUGGCUUCCCACCUCUGGGAGAAGGGGGAGGCCGGGGACAGGGAGGAAUUUGAGAAGUUGGUUGCUACAGGCAACCCAGUCCAGCUGAAGUGUAACUUGUGUGACUUCCAGACCACCAGCUUGGAGAAACUGAAAAUACACAGCAUCAACAGCCAACACCAGGCCAGCCUCAAAGUCUACAGGUUCUUACAGCAGUAUGACAGUACAGUAGAUGGAGGGUCCUGGUUGUUCCACUGUGUCCUGUGUAACUACUCCUCCUGCUCUAAACUCCACUUAUUGAGACAUACCCACUCCCCUGGUCAUCAGAAGAGGGAGCGUCACUACUUGCAGUUAGUGAGAGGGAGGAGCCUGGAGGAAGGGGAGGGGCUAGCGGCUACUUUCACCAUUAGGAAGUGUCCCAGUCCUGAGACAGGUGGAAGCAUUGAGGAGGAGGGGGAGAGGAGAGAUUCCCUUUCUCCAGGCAAGCGAUCGUUCUCUGGGCUGGAGGAGACACAGAGCCCCCUCUCUCCCAAACGCCCCAGAACAGACCAGCGCACUACUCACCAACAGGCUACUGCCAAGUGCCCACUGUGCCAGGACACACUAGUAUACACACACUUGAGACGCCACCUCAUACUCACACACAGUGUGGUCCAGGACUGUGUGGACAAGCUCAUGAGUGUGGUGGCAGUGGAGCUGCCAGAGAUUCUGCAGAAAGAGACACUGCAGAUGGAAUCCCACUCAAAUAUAAAGGAAUCUCAAACAAACGAUUGCAACACAAACAGCUCUUACACGAAGGAAUCCCUCACAAACGAGUCUCAAACAAACGAAUACCAUACAAAAAAAGAAAAAGUAAUCACAGCCAAAGAUGUCCCUGCUCUUCUGACUCCUCCCUGUGAGGACCAGCACCCAGCAGAGGACAACACCUCUCACCUCCUUGAGUCCCCCAGCUCUCCCCCUUCCCCACCCACUCUUUCCUCUCUCUCCCCCAGCAACCUCCCUUCAUCCAACUUACCCCCGUCUCCUCCCAUUGAUGCCCCUCCCCCCUCUGAUUGUCAUGGUUACAGGUUUCGCAGCGGCAGGUGCAGUCUAGCGGUCCGAAGGCAGAAGAAGCUGCAGCUGCACUGGCAGUACCACGCCAUGAGGGCGGCGACAGAGUGCCACCUCUGCCCCAGACGCUGCCGCAGCCAAGAGGCCCUCCAGAGACACCUGCUCAACACACACCUACAGGACCUACACCUACAGGGUACACAUCCUGACCAGAGUGGAGCACACAUCCAACAACCAAUCAGCCUGGAGGGGGAGGAAGAGGAGGGGGAGAGUGUGAGUGAAGAAGAGACAGAUAAGAAGAAGAAGGAAGAUGAUGAGGAGGGGGAAGGAGAGCAGGGAAAGGGAGAUGAAGGAGAGGAGGAUGAAAAGGAUGACCCAGAUGAGGAGGAGGAGAGGCCCAGUUCAAGGGUUGGUGACAGUGACCAGGGUUCAAGGCAGCAGGAGGAGAAGGAGGCAGGGUCAGAACCCAACCCCAACCCCAUUCUGGAGCAGUUCCUGGACCUGGCUCGGCCCUACAAGUGUUCCGUCUGCUGUGAGUCCUUCACUCAGAGAACCAUCCUGCCGGUCCACUAUAACUCUCUGUCCCACCGAGCCAGAGCCAGACGGGUCCUGCAGGACUCCAGCCCCAGUCCCCCUGACACCCGCUGCAGCCCGGCCCCGGACCCAAGUUCCUACCGCUGCAGAACGUGUCGGGUGGCUUUCAGCCAGAGUUCCACCCUGGACAUCCACCUCCGCUCUGUACUGCACCAAACACGAGCCCGUGGAGCUCGGACCCAGCUAUCACUGAACCCCCACACCCGCCAAACCCUAGUUCCAGCCUUGGUGCAGACCACUGCCUCCAGCCGUUCACCAGGGGGAGGAGAGGUAUCUACCAGGGGAACCCCCCCAACAGCCACCAGAUCAGCCCCUUCCUCCCCAAGUCCCUGUUCCUCCCUCAGUGAAGCCCAGCUGAGUGUGGGUGUCUCUGGGAAGGCUGAGGGCCACCAGGCUAAGAGGCGGAGAGUAGAGGACCUGACAGCAUCUGGAGGACAGCAGUUACUCCAACAGCAGUUAGCCCAGGCCCAGAUGCUACAACAGCAACAUAAGUUAGCCCAGGCCCAUAUACAGGAACACACAGCCCUCCUCCAGCCCCAGCUCUUUAGUCCAACACUGCUCCCGCACCUCCCCUUACUGCAGCAGAACCUCUUAAAGCAGUUCCUCCCUUCAGCAGCAGAGAGUCUCCAACAGAGGAACCUCCUCUCUCCCCUCCAGUUCUCCCCAGACAGCCUGUUCUCUCUACAGCAGCAGAUGCUCCAGUCCUUCUACCUCUCUGGAGGUCUGCAGCUCAACCCUAACAUGAACAUUAGUCAGAUCACCUCAGCCCUCUCUCUCCAGACCAUCUCUGCCUUCUCCUCUCAGACAAAUGGGCUUAAACAUCCCUCUCCAAAGCUGGUGACAACUAGCAUCCAGUCUCUAGCCCAGCCCCCGAAAUGUGAGACCCAGGCUGAGACAGCUGACAGUGACUCCUCCCUUCACCAGGCGGAGAACGAGUCAAACCCAUCCUCCUCUCCUGAGGGAGAUGGAGAGAUGCAGGAGAGCGAGAAGAGGGAUGGAGCAGAGAAGGCCCUCAGAGUUCUGCUGGAGAGAUAUGGCUGGGAGCUGGCCCUGCAAUCCAAUCAGAGCAGACAGAGACAACAGAACAGAGAGACGGGUGGAUGCCUGGAGGAGGAGAAGCAGUGUGGAGAAUGUGGGAAGCGGUUCUCUGACUCUCUGAUCCUGAAGAGCCAUCAGGAGUUUGUUCACCAGCAAAUGAUCACUCCGGUAGUGUUGGAGACGUUCUCCAGACAGUACAGGCUGCAGUAUGACUGCCUCUACCCCCUCACACCCUUCCCAGUGGGGGACAAUGAUAAUACUGUUGUUGCACGUCUAACCCCAGCCACAGCACCUGUACUUGCACCCUUACCCCCAGCACCAGUCUCAGAUUCAAUCCUUGACCAAGCCCAAUCCCUCUCCCAAACCUCAGCCAUAGGUCCAGAUCAAGCUGUACCCACCACACCAGCAUCUGUACCUGUAACCCUGUACACAGACCAAGCCCCAGUUAAUUCCUCCUGCCCAGCCCAAGCCUCACCAACACCCUCUCCUCCUCCACCCUCUUCCCAAACACAACCACUUCCAGAGCAGCAGCAGGACACUAUGACAUCGACAACCACCCCUGCACCCUCUCCAACUAUCAUACCCCAGUCUAAUCUCUCCAUGCAUUUCCCCUUAUCCCAACUCCCCCUGCCCCCUCUUCCUUUACCAAGCCUCCCCACUCUUCCCUUCCACAUAGACCUCUCUCUCCUCCCCCUUGGUCUAAUGCAGCCCAUAGCACUCCAGACUAUGCUUCAGUACCAGUCCCUGUUAUCAUCUGGCCACCAACCACCCCUAUCCCUAUUCACCAACGCUCACUCCACCCACAAACCAUCUCUACCCUCAUACACUAACACACACUGUGCUCCUAGCCCAUCUCUAACCUCAUACACUAACACACACUGUGCUCCUAGCCCAUCUCUAACCUCAUACACUAACACACACUGUGCUCCUAGCCCAUCUCUAACCUCAUACACUAACACACACUGUGCUCCUAGCCCAUCUCUAACCUCAUACACUAACACACACUGUGCUCCUAGCCCAUCUCUACCCUCAUACACUAACACACACUGUGCUCCUAGCCCAUCUCUACCCCCAUACACUAACACACACUGUGCUCCUAGCCCAGCCCUGCCCUUUCUGAAGCGUAGGCUGGAGGAAGGGACACCUAUGAGGGAUGUGAUGGACGGUGAGAGAGAGGAAGAGGGAGAGAGAGAGGGUGAUGAGCAGAGGAGGGAUAGGCGCCAGAGGACCACCAUCAGUGCGGAGCAGCUAGAGGUUCUGUACCAGCGCUACAGUCUGAACUCCAACCCAACCCGCUCUGUACUGGAGGGCAUCACCAGGGACACAGGCCUGAAGAAACGUGUAGUGCAGGUUUGGUUCCAGAACACCAGAGCUCGUCAGAGGAAGGGCCAGCUCCAGACCCUGGGGAGAGGAGGAGGUCUGUGUCUGGGUGAGAACCACAGGCGCUGUCCGUUCUGCAGGGCUCUCUUCAAGGCUCAGAACACCCUGGACGCCCAUGUCAGGGCCCACCACUGUUCACAGACUGACAGAGCUGCCUAUGGCUCAUUUAAUCAGAUGGGUCCUGCAGAUGACUCCAGCUUCUCUCACAACCAUUGAUCCUACAGAGACAGGGAGGGUCCCUCUCUCUCCAUCCAGCCUUUUCCCUCUCUCUCCCACCAUCCUCUCUCUCCCUCCCUCCAUCCCUCCCCAAACCCAUUUCAUCCCUCCCCAAGCCCAGGGGGCGCCCCCACUGAGAGAAAAUACAUUUCUGGGAAAACCGAUUUGUCCUUUGACCUGAACAAACCCAAAAUUGAAGAGGAGGAGAAAGAAGAGGAAGAGCAUCUGUCAGUAAAAAUAUUCCCUUCGUCUGACCAGGCUCAUGAGGGUAACCGUAGCAAUCUGUUGUCUCAGGGAUACAAUUAUGGAAUGGCGAGCUUCAACGUUCAAGACUGACCAGAACACCAGUCCAAGUCUGUCUGAGUGUGGAUAGGCAUGUACCAAGACAGCAGCAGAGGCAGCGUACCCAGAUGACCCACCAGCAGGUUGCCCAACUCCGUCUGCUACAGGGAGCAACCCAGCCCCCUGCGGUGUGAGGGCCUGGGGCGGCAGCUGGGCCUGGCAUGCAGGGUAGUGCAGGUGUGGUUUCAGAAUAACCGGGCCAACGAGAAGAGGGCCAGGAGCCUUAGAGUCGACCUAACCACAGGAUAGAGAGAAAGACUGCAGAGGACAGGGGAGAGAACACAGCCAUAAACCAAGUGCAUGUCAGUCACAACAAUAAACCAACCACACACACAGCCAUGAACCAACCACACACACAGCCAUGAACCAACCACAUGCCCAAGAAGCCAAAGAGCAUUCUACCAGUGUACCUCACCCCCUCCUCAGCCCAAAAACAUCACAAGGCAGACUUCCUAGAGCUUUAAGACACCACUCCUCUGUUCCUCCCUCUCUCCUCUCCUGUCCGAUACCUCAGGAGUUAACCCCUCCAUGCCAACAGAUGUCCCUGUCGAGGCCAUAUCAUCUGGAGAACCAGGAAAUGGUAUGUAACCUUCCCACUUCUGUUUAAAGACUUUACUAGUGUUGUAGUUCUGUUGCAAGUACGAACAGAUUCUUUCAAGAUAGUCUAAGAUGUUUGGUGUAUAGAACGUUCAUUCAAAGUAAAAGAACUGAAAGAAACAAAAGCCUCUACGGAAAACAAAAAUAAAGAAUAUUCUUCACAUAGAGCUUCUGCAAAGACUGGCUUGGAUUCCAAAGCUUGUAACCAAAACCUUACAUGUCCUUGGAUUGUGUUGUCAACAUGGUGGUUUUCAUUUCCUGAACUGCAGUACAGACCAUACAGUGAAGAGUAGAUCUGAGACCGGUGUAGUACUAGGUGUGUACCAAAGGACUGACUGGUCUAUGUGGUGCCGAAGCAGACCUCAACCUUCUCAAGCCUAUGAUGACUCUAAUGCACAUGUAAAUGUUCCUUAUGUGGAUAAUAGGCCAAAUAGCACUGAGCUAAGUCCACUUUGUCCUUUAAGAGAGACGUCAUAUAAGAAGCUAUUUUGAUCAUGUCCAACCAAUAUAUGUCACAACAACUCCAACCAAACACUACACAACAUUGUUUAGUAAAUGUUAAUGAAUAUGAAUAUUAUGGAUUGACGGUUGUUGUUAUGCUUUGAUAAGACAAGUGUUAUUUAGUGGUUUAUGAGAACAUAAUGUAGGCGUUAUGAUGUGGAGUUUAGGUAAGAUGUUACCACGCACUCUAACCAUCUCUCUCUCUGUGUAUGACGUCUUCUUAUUCUCUCUGUAUUAAUAUUACUGUGGUAGUUAUGAUAAUAAUAACAGUAAUAACUAUGAUAAUAUAUAAUGCUUUAAAACACAACCCAAAGACAUAAUAACACUGUAACCAGUGGUGCAUAAAGCCCACAAAAACAACUUGAAAAGUUAGCUUGAUAAUGUAUCAUUGAAUGAUGGGAAGAAGAGUGACUGUAUGAGAACUGCUGUAUGAGAACUGCUGUAUGAGGUAUAAGAACUGCUGUAUGAGAACUGCUGUAUGAGAACUGCUGUAUGAGAACUGCUGUAUGAGGUAUAAGAACUGCUGUAUGAGAACUGCUGUAUGAGAACUGCUGUAUGAGGUAAACUGCUGUAUGAGAACUGCUGUAUGAGAACUGCUGUAUGAGAACUGCUGUAUGAGGUAUAAGAACUGCUGUAUGAGAACUGCUGUAUGAGAACUGCUGUAUAAUAACUGCUGUAUGAGAACUGCUGUAUGAGAACUGCUGUAUGAGGUAUAAGAACUGCUGUAUGAGAACUGCUGUAUGAGGUAUAAGAACUGCUGUAUGAGAACUGCUGUAUGAGAACUGCUGUAUGAGAACUGCUGUAUCUGCCUCUUCACCAGGCCACUGGUGACUGUAUACUGAAAUCUCCAUGAAACCUACUACUGUACUAGGAUGGAGUAGCAUUUCUCAAAGCCAAACUCCCCAGGCCCUAGUGCACUGGGUAGAUGAGUACUCAGUAGGGAACCAAACCCCAGUCCCUAGUGUACUUGGUAGAAGAGUCAUCAGUAGGGAACCAAACCCCAGCCCCUAGUGUACUUGGUAGAAGAGUACUCAGUAGGGAACCAAACCCCAGUCCCUAGUGUACUUGGUAGAAGAGUCAUCAGUAGGGAACCAAACCCCAGCCCCUAGUGUACUUGGUAGAAGAGUACUCAGUAGGGAACCAAACCCCAGUCCCUAGUGUACUUGGUAGAAGAGUCAUCAGUAGGGAACCAAACCCCAGUCCCUAGUGUACUUGGUAGAAGAGUUCUCAGUAGGGAACCAAACCCCAGCCCCUAGUGUACUUGGUAGAAGAGUUCUCAGUAGGGAACCAAACCCCAGCCCCUAGUGUACUUAGUAAAGUACUCUACUGAGUAGGGAACCAAACCCCAGUCCCUAGUGUACUCGGUAGAAGAGUUCUCAGUAGGGAACCAAACCCCAGUCCCUAGUGUACUUGGUAGAAGAGUUCUCAGUAGGGAACCAAACCCCAGCCCCUAGUGUACUUGGUAGAAGAGUAUUCAGUAGGGAACCAAACCCCAGUCCCUAGUGUACUUGGUAGAAGAGUUCUCAGUAGGGAACCAAACCCCAGUCCCUAGUGUACUUGGUAGAAGAGUUCUCAGUAGGGAACCAAACCCCAGUCCCUAGUGUACUUGGUAGAAGAGUUCUCAGUAGGGAACCAAACCCCAGCCCCUAGUGUACUUGGUAGAAGAGUUCUC